AUGGCUCCAACUCUGUACGACGAGAAACCUGAGCCUGGGGACCUGAUUGAGAUCUUCCGCGGCACUUAUCAGCACUGGGCUGUGUAUGUAGGCGACGGCUUUGUUGUUCACUUGGCACCACCCUCUGAGGUUGCAAGUGCAGGGUCCAGCAGUAUCAUGUCCGUCAUAAGUGAAAAGGCCGUCGUCAGGAAAGAUGAGCUGUGGGACGUGGUGGGAACCGACCGCUGGGUGAUCAACAACCACCUGGACAAAAAGUAUAAACCUCGCCCAGUCCAUGUUAUUGUGCAAAACGCCUGCACGGCCGUUGGCCAGGUGAUGCCGUACUGCGUCCUCAGAGGGAACUGCGAGCACUUUGUCACCGAACUGCGCUACGGCCAGGCUGAAUCCCGGCAGGUGCAAAAGGCAGGAGAGGUAAUGAUGAUGGCGGGAGUGGCUGCAGCUGUGGGCUUCGGUAUCGUGGCUUUGGCAGGAGCUUUCUUUGGGGGCAACAAAAAAGAAAAGGAGAACCAGUGAAUGAAAUCCACAUCGGCCCAUUCCAGGGUUUGAUGAAUAAUCGCAGAUACCACUGCCUAAAUACUGUACCAUCCUAAAUCUGUGAUUUUAACAGGCACAAUUUAUUUGCACUUUGUUUGCUUUGCACAUCCAACUGCCCCACAUGUUUCUGUUGGUUUGAGGAAAAAAAAUGAAGGCUGGCUGGUUUCAGGUCAACAUUAAAAGAAUAAAUUUUAAAAAGCACAAAGUUAGCUCGCUUCAACGAAUGAAACUGCCAAAUAAAUUUUUAGUCUACAACAUUUUGACAUUUUUAGUCUACCGAUGUUUCACGAUUUUUUAAUUGUAAAAACGUAUAUUUA